AAUCGAAAAGUUCAGUUUCCUCGGCCGUGCAUCGCGUAUUGAUCGCCCCAGCAGAGAGAUACAAAUAAGAAAAAAGUGAUUUUCCACUUCAGUGGGGGUUUCCUUCCGUUAUAUUUCUUCUUCUAAAUGGUGGCCUAACAGUACACACAGGUGUUUUUUCAUUAUAGGACACAAAAAGUGUGUGAUUAAAAGCAAGAAAUUACAAAAAAAAUGUUUGAUUAAGUGCGAAAGUUUGUUUAAUGGUUUUUGUGAUUGGAGAAAAUAAAAAGAAAUAAUUUUAAUCAAAGUAAAACCUAAAACAACAAAAAGAAAAUAUACGAGUAUCCUAUGCCUGUGUAUGUGUAAAAAGUGAUCCAAAUUAUUAUCGUUCAGUUGUUUUGUGUACCUUUACAAAAUAUUAGAGUACAAAAGUACGAAUCCUGUGGAUAAGGAUUUCUUUUCUUGUUGCCAUCAUCAUCGCCGCACCGGCCACCGCCAUUGCCACCAACAACGCCACCAUCAACUUCCGUUCAUCAGGAUCAAGAGAGAAAAAAGAAUCAGCAGGAUAUUUCCAUUUGGUUCAUAAAUCGUGAAGAACCAUAGUCGACCGACCCGAAACCGACUACUCAGCAGUCAUCACCAUCAUGAUGUCGUCCUUUAAGCAAUAUUAGAAAACAACUCUAUAUACAUCACUUAAAACGUAGAUAGUAAAUACAUUAAAUUUGAUACUUUCAUCAAAUUUGUGCAAAUUGUAUCAGCUUGUUAUUAAAUUUUGGAACCACCGUAUACUUCACCAUCUCAUCAUCAUCAUCGGACAGACAACCUUCAGGAUAGCAGCAGUAGCUCAGCAUCCCAAAAACAAUUGGGACUUUGAUUAAAGACACCAAAGUGACAUUUAAUUUACCCAAAAUCCCUAAACAAAAGCAAAAUCCCUCUUACAGCACAAAAUGGCUGUCCCUGUCGAGGAGGGCAUCCUGAACGCCCUCCGGGGUGUAACAACUGAAUCAACACGCCUGCCCCAGCCAUUGCUCAUCAAAGUCUAUGUGUCCAGUUUGAAGGACGAAUUCAUCGAGGAACGUCGUAUGCUGCUGGAGCUGGUGGGCCCUGAGCUACAAUCGAUGUAUGAUGACCGACAAAUUGAGAUUGAAAUUGUCGAUAUGCACUUUGGAACUGGGCCUCCGGACGUAAUUGCCUUGGAACAGGAUCCAUAUUUAAUUCACGAUUACCUUGACGAAAUCGAAACUUGUCAUCGUGUUUCGAAAAGUGUGUUUUUUAUUGCCCUUGUUGGGGAAAGUAUUGGAAAAAUGUGGCUUCCCACACACAUAGAUGCUGACAUUUUUUCAACCAUCUCUAGUAGCUGUAUAGCUGAAGAUGAAAGAAUUCUAUUGAACAAAUGGUAUUUAUUGAGCAGUAAUAAAGUCAACGGCAGCACCAAUAACAACUGUUAUAGACUUAAAGAAGACUAUCGAUCACUUUCUUAUGAGAAAUGGCAUUCGGAGUACGUGAAACUUCUUAACACAAUUGAAAAAUCACUCAACACUGUAAUGAAACAGAAACAUCAUUCAAAAGAGCUCCAAGACCGUAUCCAACAGAUGCGUAUGACACCAAUGGAGAUGGAAGUUCAUAAGGCUUUGGAGCUCUCAAAUGAUAAAUUAAUUGCUGUAUUCCGGGAAUGGUCAAGCCAUCAAAGCCCUCCGGACGUUGAGUCCGGUGAAAGGUUACGCCAACUUAAAGAUCGUCUUACAAUAAAUCUCUCUUCGGAUAAUUACACAACAUUGGUAGUUGCAGGAAAAUCCGAAAACCAUCGGAUUGAUGCUGACUUAGAUGAACACGAAACCUAUUUGAGUAAAUUUAAAAAUAAAAUUUUUGACAAAAUGCGAAAUUUAAUCGAGGAACACAUUUCAAAUGAUCCCGAUGUCAUUAAGGGGAGAAAAAAGACUGUACAGGAAAUUUUCCACGAACACUCCACCCACUUGAGAUUUCUCAAGGAGCAUCUUGACUCGCAAAGUCUCAUCUCAUCAUCGGUGCCGGAUCGUCUUCGAGCAAGCGUCAUGCUUAAUUUCCGCAAUGGAAGUCGUCAUGCUCCCUACUUUAUCUACGGCAAGAACGGCAGCGGCAAAAGCACCCUAAUGGCUGAUUUAUAUAGUCAAGUUAUCAAAUGGUUUGCGGAACUACCAACCCGUGCCCAUCGUAUGAUUCGAUUUGGGUCUGCCACUCCACGGUCCGCCUACAGCUUGGAACUGCUCAGAGUCAUUUGCCAACAGAUUUCUAUUAUAUUCAAUAUUCCCGAGGGCUAUUUGCCUAAAGACGCAUCCUUUGACCCGCUCUACAUCAACAACUGGUUUCAGAAUCUGCUAAAAAGAUGCGAGGACAUGAACAAUGACAUCUUGUUCUUGUUUAUCGAUGACUUGCACAAGCUAAAUCCCUUGGAUUGUGAUAUAGUGGCGGCUCUGUCGUGGCUGCCUAUAAGCCUUCCCUGGAAUGUGCAAAUAAUCUGCAGCACAACCACCCCCAUUGACCAGCUUAAGUUCACAAACAUUCAAAAGGACAGAUUCAAAUCCACAGAGUAUCUGUUUGAUUUGUCGGUUGAGGCAAAUUUCACCAAGUUGCGGACAAUUGACGAUCUACCUUUCGAAGAGAAAAUCCAGCAGCAAUUUGACCAUUUUGAGAACCGCUACGGCAGGAAGGCCUUCGGUAGAUUAGCUGCAUACAUAACUUGUUCGGAAUAUGGCCUUUCGGAAACAGAACUGCUGGAAUUGCUCAUGCCUUGCGACAACCCUGAGAUGUUUAUCGAACUAGAAAAGGGAAACUUUAACUUCUCCUCGCUGAAGAAAAUCCGCAACGAAAUGAAAUAUCUUUUUCGAGAGAAAAUCAUGUCCGGAAAGGUUCUGAUUCAGUGGCGACAUCGAUUUUGUGCGGAAAUUGCAAAAUCUCGUUAUAUGGACGCAAAGAGUACGAGGACGAUGCACAUGGAAAUUGCAAAUAUAUUUUUCAAUCAAGAAGCAGAAGAAAGUGACGAUACGAGUGCGGAAAAAAGUGAUAAUGUUUCAGUCAUAAGCCAACGGGAACGAGACACCGAAUCCGCAAAGCAACCUUCACAUCAUCAAGAUGACAACUCGACAUUCUACAAUCCGAUAGCAGCAGACGUCUCCUACAGCAUACGACACGUAGAGGAGUCCUGGCAUCAUCUGAUGCGGUCCGAUGAUACCACAAAAUUCAAACAAAUCGCUGUGUGCAAUUUCGAUUUUCUCCUUGCCGCGGUACAAACCGUUUCGAUAAGUUACCUUCGCUGCUUAAUCGAGCAUGUCCGAUGUUACUUGCUCGACCGUGACAUUGAGCUAAUCUACUACACAAUUCGUAAGUCUAGUGAUGUCCUUACGCGUGAUCCAAUGCAAUUAGGAGCUCAGGUAAUCUCCUGGUUGCGUCCUAUAAGCGAACACGAUGAGAAUGACAAUUCGCUGUUAAGCAUCACAGUUCGUUCAGCAACAGCUUGGUGCGACGGAUACACUGUUCCAUUGCUCGUACCACUUACGGGAUGGCUUCCGGCCCCUCUGCCAUCACAGAUACGCACAAUGACUGUAUCCGGAACGGGUCCAAUUCGAGAUAUUGUAGUUGCUCCAUCGAAACAACACCUCAUCCUGGCUACGAAAUCCGGUGACGUCCAGCUAUGGCACAUAAUGAGCAAUUCAUUGGAACACACAUUUAAGGGACAUACGGCAGCGGUCACGUGUAUGCUAGUUGCACCACAAUCGGAUAUUCUGUUGACUGGCUCCGAGGAUACUUCUGUGAUUGUAUGGGACGUGAGCAACCGUGAAAUGAAAGUUCACAUUCGAGAACAAACAGGUCCAGUUACGUGCGUUGCUGUUGGCGUAAAUAAUACCGUCGUGAUUAGUGGCAGUGAGGAUGCAACAAUUGUCAUAUUUAACUUGCAUACUGGAAAGAAACUUCAAAAAAUCGAACAUCAUCGCGGACCGGUGACAUCUGUCAAAGUGAGCUCCGCUUGCGAUGUACUCAUCUCGGCCAGCCAUGACAAGCUCAUCUGUCUAUGGUCCUUGGAAGAUUAUACUUUACUUAACACCAUGACAAUGGCAAGUCCUGUGAUGAGAAUAGACAUAUCGUGUGAUUCGGUAUUCCUUCUUGCUCAUUGUGAGGACAAUGGAUUGUAUCUGCGUACCCUAGCAACUGGCACGGAGCUGCAUUCUCUCAAAGGACACAAAUCCAAGAUACGAACUCUGUCAAUUGCAAAGGAUAGCCAAAGGGCUGUGGUCGGCUGCGAGGAUACACGAGCCUUAAUUUUUGACAUGCAUUCGGGAAAGCUUAUCCGGUCCAUGCCACCAAAUCCGGGACCAGUAACAGCUGUGUAUGCCAUGGACAAUGAUGAUUUCUUGAUUACAGUGGGUGGAAAUAAAAUUACCUUUUAUUCGUUCCGCAAUGAGGAGCUCUACGUUCAUCCAUAUUCGCACAAUCAACGGCGAAAACGCUCCCUCAAGCGAAUGCAAUCGCAAAGGUCUCCCUCCACCACCCUACCACCGAUAAGCUGUUUUGAUGUAUCACGAGACUCGCAGUUGGCUGCCAUUGCCUCGGGCAAGAGUGUUCAUAUUCUAAAGGUGAAUAACACACCGGAAUAUCAGAUGACUUGCGACGGACACACGGGGGCUGUCACAUGCCUCAGCUUUGCACCGAAUAGUGAAUUUUUGGCAUGCGGUUCUGAAGAUAAGACUGUUAGCAUUUGGGGAAUUUCUCAAGGAGCAGUUGUCACAAGAUUUAAAGGGCACAAUUCAACAAUCACGUCAGUGGUGGUUUUAAUGGAUUCCCGAAGAGUUAUUUCAUCGGAUCGUGAAGGUUUUUUGUAUGUUUGGUUAGCUGAAGCAGCUACUCUCCUGCAAACUGUCCAAGGACCAUGCAAGUUUCUCGCUUCCACUAACAACAUGAAAUUUGCUGUUUGUACUAACGGUGAUAACAGUCUGAAAAUUUGGUCCCUUACGAGAGAGGACGAAAAGUAUUCGGUAUCGCAUUCAGAUGACAUCACUUGUUUCACAAUAACAGCUGACAGUUUAUACGUAAUAACGGGUUCGAAAGAUAUGUCACUUAAGGUUUGGCAAGCAACGGGUGGAAAGUUGGCUCAAGUUCUAGUUGGACACACAGAUGCGGUCACUUGCGUCACGGUUUCGGUAACCAAUAAGACACAGGUGAUAUCCGGCUCGAAGGACUAUAAUUUGAUUGUUUGGGAUUUACAUACAGGAGAAGAGUUGCAUACACUGGCUGGUCAUUUGGCUCAAGUGACAUGUGUCAAAGUUUCUGCUGAUGGAACAACCGCUGUCUCAGGAAGUGAUGACAAAACAAUCAUCGUAUGGGAGACGAAGCGUGGUUUGGCCUUAACUUCAUUACAACUCCAUGUGUCCUUCACACGGUUCGACAUCAGUUUGGACUGUUCCAGAAUUCUCAUUCAACUUGUAGAUAGUUUUAACUUGCCAGUGAUUUGCUUGCACAAUACUCCAGCACAAUACGUUAAACUUCCAACAUACUCAGCCCCAGCUAGAGAUGUAGAAGAUCUUCGACCCCAGGGACCGAAACGUCAAAUGAAACGUUUGCUCAAAAAGGAAGUAUCACUAGACACAUAUACUUGGCAGAAAAAGUAUGGACACUUGACGUCUUCGGUAAUGAUGGCUCAAGUCGAUGAACGUUUGAAGAGGAGAUUUUCGGUAUCAGCUAGCAUGGAAGAAAUUUCCAAAAUCGCUGAAAUGAAAACACUUACAUCACAAACAAAUCUGGGGCCUGAACAAGCGGCCUUAGCACAAUCACAGCAUUUCGAUCAAUUAGAAGCACUCUGGAAUAAGAGAUCACCGCCUAGAAGACGUCAUAAUACGGGUCUAUCGCGUCAAACAUCCCUUGUUGAAGAUCGCCUUGAAUCAUCCGACGACGAUGAGUACCAUGACGAGCGUGCAGUGCAUUCAAAAACCAGUUCCAGAAGUUCGUUACAACAGCCCAUUUAAGUUCUCCAAAAAUAAUAAUUAUCUUGAAUUUCCUGCUGAAACCGAAUGUGUUUUUGUUAAAUAUUAGAAAAAUUUAAUAUCUACAGAUUACGUAUAUACACAACUAAAUAACUAAAACGGACAUUUUGUAUGUGUGGCAUUUGAUAUAAAUAAUUAUUAAACAAUAAAUAAUGACUAACAAAAAACAUUACUUUUUAUUUUUAAAUUAUAUAAAAUCAUAGAUUAGAAAAGCACGAUUAAACAAAAACCAAAAAAUAAGAAUCCAUUAAGUAGAAUAAGAAAUUUAAGGCAACCCAUUUGUCGUUUCCUAUUGUGUUUUUGUUAUAAGUUAAAUAGUUUUACUUCCGUAGAAAUUUUAUUAGAUUAAAGCGUCCCUGAUGUUGAAUUGGAUGACCUAACUCCUGAAAUUCGCCUAAACUAGAACAACUAAAGUACUCAUAAAUAUUCUAAGCCCUAAACAAAUUAAAUUUAACAAAAAAAAUAACAACAUUCGUAAUAAAAAAAAAACAACAAAAUUAUAUAUUUUAUUUCAUUAAUUUUUAUUUAUUUUAUAGAUUUGAUCGAUGAGAUUUUAUGGUCAAAACUUAAUAACCAAAUUGGCUAAAAUGUUGCUUAUAAAUAAUAAAUUAUUAUUAUGUACAUGUUUUAAUUUAUGCGCAUAUUUGAAUUGCUUUUAUAUUUGUUUUAUUAUUAGUUAAAUAAAUAUUAUUAAAUUUGCUAUAUUAGGCUUUAAGCUUUCACUUCAUGCUUGAAAAAUGUAUACUUCUGCUAACCAAACAAAUUUUACAAACAAAAUUAUUAUUAAUGCAAAAAUGUGUUUGAAUAAAAAAGCAAACAAAAUUAAUUAAUUUUCACUUGCAAUAAAACUAGAGUAUUUUAUAAGGUAAAUGCUUGUAAACUGUCUAAAAAUACCUCAAAUAAAAAUUUAAAAAACUCAAUACACAUCACGCAGAAGUAAAAAAAAAUUAAAUUUAAAUAUGAAUUUAGAAGCUUAGAAAGUGUGCAUAUUGUAUUGUCCUUAGUUGCAUAAGAAUCAGAUGAUAAACUUUGUUGGAUAAAAAUGUACGUAAGUAAAAAUAUUAAAUUAAAAUAUUAUAAGGAUGUGGUUUUUGAAAGCAAAAAAAAAGUAAGUUAGCUUGUGGAAUUUUAUUGAGAAUAGUAGUGUGCUGUUUUAUUUUUAUUUUUGUUCAAUUUAUUUUUUAUUUUUAUACAACUUAUUUAUUUAUAGAUACACCUUUAAAAAAAUUAUUUAAAUUUUAUUUUUCAUAUUAUAUUAAAGGAAGACUUUAACCACUA